ACCCAGAUUUCCAUUGGCAAUAUGCCAAAAAUGUUAAAGCAUGAUAAGAACACUUUGUUAUUGUCAAUUGUCAUUGUCUCUGACUUGCACACUUGGAUUCAGACAGGCAGCGGCCAACAGCUAAACAUGGAUCUAAUCAGAAGAGCCACGGGACCGUACACAUCCGUUGAAGAUUCUGUCUUGAACCUGUGUUUUACAAUCUUCCGCACUGUUGAGAAAGUGAAGGUCAACAGGGAGCGCUGCCACCAAAUCUCAGACAGAGUCAAAUCACUGGAGAGACUCGUUCUCACCAUCAAACAAAAAGGGUCGGGCCAAAAUUCUGCCAUGGUGGAGGCCACGCUGAGGGAUCUCUGCAUCACUCUGGACUCUGUCGCCACAGAAAUGGAGAAAUUAUCUAAAACCAGUGCUCUUAAGAACGCCCUGAAGUCCAACCAAGAAGACAAGUUCUGGAGGAUGGACCGAACUCUCACUGAUAUCCUCCAUGUCCUGUCUGGGACUCUAAACAUCGAGCAGGGCAACACACUGUACACAACCCCUCUGCCUCCCCCCAGCCCCAUGGCCACAGCGCCCGUACAUAACCCCAGCCCCAUGGCCCCUAUAAAAAAGUGUAGCCCCCCAGCGCCCAUACAAAACCCCAGCCCCAUGCCCCCCAUAAAAAAGUGUAGCCCCCCAGCGGCCUUCCCCCCCAUAACAAAGUGUAGCCCCCCAGCCUUCAUGAAUAACCCCAGCCCAAUGCCCACUGUGGACAUGUGUAACCCCCCAGAGUAUACCCCCAGCACCAUGCCCUCCACGACCAUUGGUGACCCCCCAGCGUAUACCCCCAGCCCCAUGCCCCCUGCAGCCAUGUGUGACCCCCCAGAGUAUACCCCCAACCCCAUGCCCCCUGCGACUAUUGAUGACCCCCCAGCGUAUACCCCCAGCCCCAUGGCCUCCACAAACAUGUGUAACCCCCCAGCUCCCAUGAAUAACCCCAGCCCCAUGGCCUCCACGAACAUGUGUAACCCCCCAGCUCCCAUGAAUAACCCCAGCCCCAUGGCCUCCACGAACAUGUGUAACCCCCCAGCUCCCAUGAAUAACCCCAGCCCCAUGGCCUCCACAAACAUGUGUAACCCCCCAGCUCCCAUGAAUAACCCCAGCCCCAUGGCCUCCACGAACAUGUGUAACCCCCCAGCUCCCAUGAAUAACCCCAGCCCCAUGGCCUCCACGAACAUGUGUAACCCCCCAGCUCCCAUGAAUAACCCCAGCCCCAUGGCCUCCACGAACAUGUGUAACCCCCCAGCUCCCAUGAAUAACCCCAGCCCCAUGGCCUCCAUGAACAUGUGUAACCCCCCAGUUCCCAUGAAUAACCCCAGCCCCAUGGCCCCCACGGUCAUGUGUAACCCCCAAGCGACCACAUAUUACGCCAGCCCCAUGGCCUCCACGACCAUGUGUAACACCCAAACGACCACGUAUUACACCAGCUCCAUGGCCCCCCCGGUCAUGUGUAACCCCCAAGCGACCACGUAUUACGCCAGCCCCAUGGCCCCCACGGUCAUGUGUAGCCCCCAAGCGACCACAUAUUACACCAGCCCCAUGGCCCCCACGGUCAUGUGUAGCCCCCAAGCGACCACAUAUUACACCAGCCCCAUGGCCCCCACGGUCAUGUGUAACCCCCCAGCGACCAUGCCUAGCUAUAGGCCACUGGUCAUGGGCGCCAUAGCCCCAAGGCUUUUUUUGCCAAAAGCUACUGUAAUAUCUGUAAAACCAAACUAUGGUUACUCCUCUCCCUUCUAAAUCACCCUGCGAUCGCCUACACAAAACACAAUUUUGUUAAAGAUGUAUGACUAGGACAACUUUACACACCGUGCUAAGCUGCAUCUCAAAACUAAUCUUCAGUAAUACAAAAAGGCAUCCUUGUUGGGCGCCGUGCUAGCUCAGUUGGUAGAGCGUGCACCCAUAUAUAGAGGUUUACUCCUCGACGCAGCGGCUACGGGUUUGACUCUGACCUGAUCAUUCCCCCUCCCUCUCCUCUUUCAUGUCUUCAGCUGUCCUAUAAAAAUAAAGGCCUAAAAUGCCCCCCAAAAAACUGGUGGACGAAGGACACGCCAUUCGUGCGCAAGUCCAAACAAUGUUUUUAAAAUGUCUCUCUCCUCAAAAAGCAAAACUUCAUUUUAAACAUCUAUUAUAUAUGUAUCUGCUGUUUUAUUCAUAUAUAUUACACUACUGUUGUUAGCCUAAGACUUUGGUGAACUCAUUCCAAGCACCAAAACAGUUCGCCCACAUGAGUAAAUGUUUGUUUUUACAAGAGAUUUUAAUUUUUUUUUUUUAAAAGGACGGCUUUAGGCCCAAAUGACCUCUUAACCCUUUGCUCUAGGACUUUGAGCCUCGCUAAACAGAAAGCUGAAUUGCUCUGACAUUUAGAUAUAAAGUGCAUGGGUAUCAGGUUAUAUGUAAAUACCCUUUAAAGUGAAGUUAAGAGGGUUAACUGCAUUACAUGUAAUUCAUUUUAAAGGGUCAAAAAAUUGUAGAAACUCCAGUAUGGUGAUAGCUAUCAACUUAUAAAACUGUUCAUUCAUGCUCCUGGGGAAA